CGAGCGCUGUGGAGCUGUGAGGAGGUCAGUCGGUUUAGGAAAAGAACCGCGUAAUUCCUCCUCCUAUGGGCUCGUCGGGUAGAAUAAGAUGUUUGUAAAGACGUCUGUUUUCAAAUUUCAACAACAUUUAUUUGCGGGUUGUCUGUAAGUUAGUGAACGGUACCAGCUCACGUUGUUCACGCGCACCACUCGAAGGCGUUCCUGACUGGAAAUGGAUUAAACUGAAGCGAUGUUGCCUGGCAGGGUAGUCACUGGAGUGAUGCAGUGAGUGAUGGCAUGGCACAGUGGCGCGCUGGUCCUGCCUGUCUUCACUCUGUGUUUGUUCGCCUGGCUUUGUCCUUACGCCUCCCUUGGACAGGAUGUAAGGUGCUGGUGGAAUAGAGGUAUAUCUGUCAGCCGUAAUGUGUCUAUUGAGUGUCAUGCAGAGCCACCGAGGUUCCCGCAGAAGUGUGAUCGCUGUCAGCUUCGUCUUAGCGCAGCUGAAAACUCAACGCUGGCCGUGCCUCACCGGUGCACCCACAACGCUGCAAAUUUCACUGCCCUUUUGUCACCGCAAGCCCUGCAGAACAUAAGCUGUGAGCUGUUGUGCGGACAGGCAAAUAAAACCUGUGCAAUACAAGAAGGCUAUCCACCCCCCAUUUGCUUAAUUCCUUUGUAUGAUGGAAAUCAAAAUAUCCACUGCCGAUGGACCAGCUUAUAUAAUAUCCUGAACCCAAACAACUUCACCCUACAUUGGGAAGAGGAAGAGGUUGAUGAAACAUGGAACCAUGACUCUCGUGUAAUGGGAAAUAGCGACUAUGGCACAAUCCAACGUGUUAAAUACACAAGGAGCUUUCACUUCAGAGUGUGGGUCUCAGCUGUGAGUGCGCUGGCCACUGUAGAGUCAGAAGCUGAAACUUUCAACACAGACGAUAUUGAAGAGCCACUGUCUCCGUUAAUCACCAAUCACACAUGUGAUCCAUUUGAGAUCUUCUGGUCUGUGGAGGAUGAUGUCAAUGAAGCAAGCUCACAACAAAGGAUAUGUGAGGUCCAAUACAUGAAUGAGUGUGACAUGGACUGGACAGAGGUUGAAGGAACCUAUGACUUAAGCUUUACGCUAGAUCAUCCUGUGCCAUUUCUCACGUAUAUGUUCCGUGUUCGCUGUGGUUUUCUUGGAGAAAGGAUUAUAAUGAGUAACUGGAGUUUAUACACCACCAGGACUCCUGCUGGAGAUCUGGCAAAACCUGAGAUACUACUCAACGUGACCGGGGGGAGCCAGUUUCUGAAUGUGUCAUGGUCAGUACCCUCACAGUCCAUUGAGCACAUACAGGAGUAUGUGGUGCAGUAUAAGCCUGUAGGACUACCUUGCACACAUUCCCAGAACUGGGUCAAAGUAAACAUAACCCAGAACUGGGUGACACUCAGAGGUCAGUUUUGGAAAUACACAGCCUACAAUGUAUCUCUGUUAGCUGUGAUCAACAAGUGUAUGCAUUUAGUCCAGUCUGCAACUGUGUACACAGUUCAAGAAGUGCCUCCAAAAGUCACGGACAUUCGUGUUACAGACAUCUCUGCAUCUAGUGCAAUUCUGACAUGGAAGCCUCUUCCGCUUGAUAACAGUCAAAGAGUUAUUCUGAACUACUUAGUGGCCGUCAGUAAUCACACAGUGUUGAAUGUGAGCAGUGAUAAGAACAGCAUCCUUCUGACUGAGCUGAACCCUGGACAGCAGUAUAAAGUGUGGAUCAGCGCAGUGACUUCUGGUGGGCAGGGAGAGAAGACAACUACCUUAUUCGCAACUAGAAGUGCCACUGAUAUUUCUGAUUACACUGUUACAGUAGUGGUGGUCACAGUUGUGCUGUGUCUCAUAUUACUUAUAAUAAUGAUAUUUGUUUUCAUAAAUUGUUAUACCUCAUGGCUCCAGGGCAAAGUAUGGCUGAAGAUUCCAGAUCCUAUGAACAGCAGCUUGUUUCAGCAGAGGAACAAUCAGGUCAGUUUCCGGCAAUCGUGGCUGGUGCCUCACAAUCCCUCAGAGCAUGCUCUGACUAUCUCUCCGGUGGAUGAGGUCUUGAUUUCUGACAAGCCCCUUGACCCAGAGGCUGAACUGAUAGUGGAGUUUCCUGAGGUGGAGCAGCAGCAGACUCAGCCAGAGGAAGACAGAGAAUAUGGAGAGGAGGGAGAAAAAGAGCUACAAGGGCCUGGAAGAUUAGACAGGAAUGACUCCAUGACACUUCAAAGAGCAAAUGAAUACAGACAGGUGAUUGACAGCAGUGAGGAAGAGGUCAGCAGAGAAAAUGAUGAUGAUGACUGGGAUGAGCUGCCGUCUCCUUCAGACUAUGAGAAACAUUUUUUGCCCUCCGUUCAAGAUAUGUAACUUUUUUUUUUUUUUUUUGUAUUUGGGACACUGAUUUCUAAUGGACUGUUAUAGAAAUGGAAGUUAUUCCAAACUUCUUGAAGAUUUUUGAACAUUCAGGGAGAACUGAACAUUUCUUACCUUCAAAAGACAUUUUUGUGAUCAACAUUUUGGAUCUAGCAUCUCGAUUCAUAUAGUCAUAAUAACUGGAAUUAUUAUGAAAAGUUACUGACCGGAGCAUACUCAGUAGUUCUCAAAGUCAUCAAAGCUGUAGAAACACGAAUGUGUAUUUUGACCUCCCUGAAUAAUUUGUAAAGUAUUCUGCAUCUGAUUCAAGAAACUGUCGUAUGACAUGAAAACAAACAAUGGCUGCAUUCUAAAUAGAAUAGUACACCACCAAUAGUACUGUAUUUAUUGGUCUCAUGCCUCUAUAAAACAAAAUACGCUCAUCUCAUUGUCCACUUCUGAACGAGUAGUGUAAUAAUGGUUGUAGGAGCUUUCCACUUAAAUUAUCAGCAGAAUGUUAACAGAUUAUGACAUUCACCAGAUUCAUGAGCCAAUGAUUGUCCUCAGGUGUUGUUUUGGUCAAAGAGGGAAUGUGCUGCUCCCCCUACUGGCCAGAGGUUAGAUAACUUUUUUUUUUUUUGGUUUGUUUUUUUUUUUCUUUGACUGAAGAGAAUCAUUUGUGAAAUGAACAAAAUGUCAUGGGUUUAUUCAAGAUGGUAUAAUGAUAAGAUGUAAUAUGAUUAUUUUCCUAAAUCAUUGCCUGCUUGAGUUAUAUAAUUGCAGUAUGUUUACUCUAUGAGUAGCAUAAAGUGCACUGUCAAUAUAUCUUUAAUGGAAUGCAAGUAGUCAUUGCAUUUGUAUGUAAAAAAAAAAAAAAAGUACAUCCACUUUAGUACAAGAAUUACCAAAUGCUCAGUUAUUAGUAAUAUCUCUUUUUUAUUGAUAUUAUGUGAUAUUGAUAAUAAUGAUUAUCUGUUUUUAUGAUUAUAAAAUGUUACUCAAAUUUACCUGACGUCCUACCAGACAUGAGUUUGACUGUACUUGUUCACCAAAGAUGAAAUAAUCUGUCAGCCAGAUUUGCAUGCACGUGUUUUAUGAUCGGCUCAACUUUGAUGAAUAAGGGCCAAAGACUUGUACACAUGGAAUACUUAAUAGUCAGUACAACUGGUUAUAGACGUUCAUGGAUUGAACUGUUUGUGGUUUUGAAACCUUUUAUAGAUGCCCAUGACAAGAAGCUGAGAUAGUAUAUCUCAGUAUAACUUUACUGGAUAUCAGAGGCGCCUCUCCUACAAGCAAUCAGGGUAACUUUUCAAUGUACAAUAUUAUUCCCAGCUUCUGGAGCAAAGACUACAGCCAAGUGUCCCCAACUGACUACCAGCCACAGUUACUAUGCACAAAUGAUCCUAAGGUCCUUGAUGGACAAGCAGUGUUUGAUAGAUGUUUCGCGUUCAGGGCAUUUUACAGGGGAGUUCACAUUUCAUUGUUUACCUUUUUAUCUAAUAAAUGUUCCUAUAUUUUCACAAAUGUAUGAGAUCGUUAUUCUCUAUUUCUUAUGCUGUAAUUGUUUUACUGUAAACCUCAUUAGAAUGUACUAACCAAAUGUGCAAACUGUAUAUUUACAUUAUAUAAAUGAAAUGCUGUUAGUUAUAAAGAUGACAUCCCUGUAUAAGCCUGGAGUUUCAUCAUGUUAUAUAAGACAGUGGAAUUUGGAGAAGGCAUAUCAUACUCUAGAGGAUUUUUUAAAUUAGUAUUUUAUUAUUUUUUGACAGCCUUUUUUCAUUUUCAUGCACUAUGCACAAUGAUGCCCAGUGAUGCUGCUCACUUCAGUACUGAAUAAAGGAUAGUGCCAGACACUCACAGAGGAAAAUGGUGAGACUGAGAUGUAAAAGGUUGUUUUAAAUGUGCUUACUGUUAUGAAUACAGUAUUCUGCCAAUUC